AUGGCCAAAUUUAAGGCCAUUGCUGGCACCAAAAAAGAUCAGGAUGUGGGUACUAAAGUUGAAUUACAACACAAUGUGGUUAAUGAGAUAGAAAAUGAUUUUGGUUUUGAGUCUCUUUCCUCGAAGGAUUCAGAUUCCUUAGAUGCUUUGGGAUUAGAUUUGUCCCUUGCUAAAAUAGAUUGGAGCUCUUCUUUAACACUGAGUUAUAGCCUGGAGAAGAAGAAGUCAAGAAGCGAGAUGGAUUCAUUCAUAGACUACGGCGAAGUGGAUCCCCUCCAUCAAAUGAGUUUAGAAGCCAGAAGGAAGACAAGAAGAAGAAUCAUUAUAAUCUCCAUUUGUUCCUUGGUUUUGGUAGCUAUAAUUGCAUCUCUUGCAGUUGCAGUGGUUCGAUAUAAAAGCAAAAGCAAUGGUGAAGUGCCCGACCAAACGCAAACAUCCAGCAAGCUCAUGACAGCCGUUUGUAAUGUCACGCUCCAUCAAGAGAAGUGCAUUUCAAGCCUAUCAUCGUACCCUGGCUCCUCUAAGCUAGGUCUCAAGGAUCUCGUUGAUGUUACAGUGGUGGUAGCGUUAAGGGAAGCACAAAACGUCCUCCCUCUGGUCUCUAAUCUCCCACAAGAAAUCACUGAUCCAGUCCAACAACAAGCGCUCAAUGACUGUGAGGAAUUAAUAAACCAAACUAUAGAUCAGUUAAGUAGUUCUAAUGAUGUCUUGAAGAAUUUCAAUUUCAAUUCAUUGAUUGAACCGUCAGGUGAUGCACCCACUUGGCUCAGUGCUGCGCUCACAAAUCUGGACACCUGUGUUGACGGCUUGGUCAACAACAGUUCAAGUCAAGCUAAAGCUCAGAUGCAGAGCAUGUUGCAAAAUCUGACAGAGUUGACCAGCAAUUCUCUGGCUAUUAUUAGUAAUAUUGCAAAUUUGCUAGGAAAGGUAAAGAUAUCUUUCCCUACCCGACGUCUGUUGACAGAUAAUUUUUGCCUUGUCGCAGACGGGUUUCCAGCGUGGGUGUCUGCAAAGGAGCGAAGGCUUUUACAGAGUAACGUAACAUCUAAUGUGAUUGUGGCUCAAGAUGGGUCUGGAAAUUACAAAACGAUUCAGGAGGCAGUGGACGCAGCCCCUGAUAAUAGCAAGGUAAGAUAUAUUAUCAAGGUGAAAGAAGGAAUUUACCAAGAGUAUGUGAAAGUGAACAAAAGGAAGACAAUGUUGAUGCUAGUCGGUGAUGGAAUGGAUAAAACAAUUGUUACUGGGAGUAAGAGCUUUGUGGGCGGCACACCUACGUAUAGUACUGCAACAUUUGCUGUGGAUGGAGCAGGAUUUAUUGCUAAAGACAUACAAUUCAGAAACAGUGCAGGCCCAUCUAACCAUCAAGCUGUGGCUCUUCGAGUUACAUCGGACAAGUCGCUUUUCCUGAGUUGCAACAUCAGCGCCUACCAAGACACUCUCUACACACAUUCUCAACGCCAAUUUUACAAGAAUUGCUACAUUUCGGGUACAGUAGAUUUCAUCUUUGGAAAUGCUGCUGUUGUGUUUCAGAGUUGCACCGUUUCUGCUAGAGUGCCGAUUGGAAGCCAAAAAAAUACUAUCACAGCUCAAGGGAGAACAGAUCCCAACCAGAAUACUGGAAUCUCCAUCCAGAACUGCAAAAUCUCAGGAGAGGCCGAUCUGAUUGCCUCCAUUGCCACUUUUCCUACUUACCUUGGGAGGCCGUUGAAAUUGUAUUCGCGGACAGUUAUCAUGCUUUCUGAACUGGGUGAUAUCAUCAAUCCUGCAGGCUGGCUAGAAUGGGACGCAGAUUUUGCAUUGAGCACUUUGUAUUAUGCUGAAUAUCAGAAUUCUGGUGCUGGAGCUGUAGUCAACGGCCGUGUAACGUGGCCUGGGUAUAAAGUAAUCACCGAUGAAAAUGAAGCAAAGAAAUUUACAGUUGGGGAAUUUAUAGGUACUUCGUGGUUGAAGGCGACGGGGAUUCCCUUUGCCGAAGGUUUAACCGCAUGA